CUUUAUCAUCAGUUAGCGGCAGAUGGUUAAUGUGAUCACAUAGGAGAAUGACUUGAUCAAAAUAUUAUUAUCAAUUAGCCAUAAAAUAAAAUUCAGUCUUGUUCUCGCUCUAUUCAUUCCUCUCUUAAAAGGAGCUAAAGAAAUCAGAAGGAACCAAUUUACUAUUUACUCUCAGAACGCAAAACCCUACGAGACACAGAACUUAGUGGGAGAUCAAGAAUGGCGGAGGAAGUAUCUACUUUGGUUGGGAUCCUUGAGACAACCGUAGACCUAAAAUCUUCGACAGAAAAGUUUCAUGACAUGUUUGUUGGGAGGCCACACAAUAUCUCCGAUGUAUCUCCAUCCAACUUUCAAGGCUGUGAGCUGCAUGAAGGCGAAAUGGGACAAGUUGGUGCUAUCCUCUUUUGGAAUUACGUUCAUGAUGGGGAGGCAAAAGUAGUGAAAUAGAGGAUUGAGUCAAUAGAUCCGGAGAACAAUCGGGCCACAUAUAGGGUGUUAGAGGGUGACCUAAUGAAAGAGUACAAGAGCUUCUUGAUCACCUUCCAGGUGACCCCUAAGGAAGGAGAACCUGGAAGUGUUGCACAUUGGCACUUUGAGUAUGAGAAAAUCAACGAGGAGGUGGCUCACCCUGAAACUCUCCUCCAGUUUGCAAUCAAAGUUUCCAAAGAGAUCGAUGAACAUCUCUUUUCAGAGGAAUAGAGGAAGAGUCCUCAUGUAUCUAUACAUGUGUGUGUGUGUGUGUGUGUGUGCUCUUUAUAGUUCAGUCUUUGAAAGUGCAAUAAAUAAAGACUAAAGAGCCUUGAAUUGAUGAAGAAAGAUUAUGAGUGUGUCAUGAGUGUUUGUUUACUAUCGUGAAAGUUGUUAGUUUUGAAAAGUGACGAAAUAACUCAAAAUUUAUGCUAAGAUUUAUGGACGUUCAAUCCAAAAUCAUCAAUUGACAAUGAAUGAA